UUUAGUACCGUAGCCUAACAGUGAAGAGCGCAAACUUUCUAAAGAAGAAUAAAAGUGAGAGAAAGUGGCGCAGACUCAUGGCGGGUCAGUGUUAAAGUAAACCUGUGUUACACAUGACGAGUCGGGAAUGGAUUUAAGGAGUGAUAUACAACGGAGGCCCGCUGGAGGAUUCAGCGGGAGCUCGGUGAGCGGUUCCCCUGGCAUGGGAGCUCAAUCCCGGCGUCGAAAGAUUCCUCCCCGCCCCGCUGAUUAUAAACUGCAGAUCAUUAUCAUCGGCUCCCGCGGGGUUGGGAAGACGAGUUUAAUGGAGAGAUUUACUGAUGAUACCUUCUGUGAAGCCUGCAAGUCUACAGUGGGUGUGGAUUUUAAAAUUAAAACAGUGGAGCUCAGAGGGAAGAAGAUCAGGUUGCAGAUCUGGGACACAGCAGGUCAGGAGAGGUUUAACAGCAUCACGUCUGCUUAUUACCGCGGUGCUAAAGGCAUCGUACUGGUCUAUGAUAUCACCAAGCAGGAGACCUUUGAAGACCUGCCUAAAUGGAUGAAAAUGAUCGACAAGUAUGCAUCAGAGGAUGCUGAGCUCCUAUUAGUCGGAAAUAAGUUGGACUGCGAGAGCGACCGUGUCAUCGCACGCCAGCAGGCUGAGAGGUUUGCUUCACGGAUAUCUGGGAUGCGAUUCUGUGAGUCUAGUGCCAAGGACAACUUCAACGUGGACGAGAUAUUUCUCAAAUUAGUGGAUGAUAUAUUGAGUAAGAUGCCUCUUGAAAUGCCCAGCAGGGAACUCUCCAACAGCGUCCUUUCUCUUCAGCCUGAACCCAAGGUGCCGCCGGAACUCCUCCCUCCACGCAUGCGCUGCUGUUGAGCCAUGUUAACAAUCCCACAUUCUCAUCCCAUCUCCAGUUUACUAUCAGCACCUGCAGUUCAAACACCUUUCCACUAGCGGGCGGAGUGCACCUGCGGACACAUGGAUGACCCACCACUACCAAGGAGUUUAACAAGAAUCCCUGUAGAAUUUACUCUGUCAAAGGAUUGGUCUUUGUAGAACGCCAAUUUCAUUUGCACAAGUUCACAACCAGGUUUAAUACUGUGUAGAUGCAUGUGCAACCACAAACGCAAACAUGUAUGCUUCUGUACCUUCAGUGGCGCUUGCAGUAAUGUUCAAAGGGUGUCCUGCAGUCGUGUUAGAGAUUAACGAUGGAGAAAUUAGGAGUAGGUAGACGUUCUUCCCGAAAAGUUCUUCUAUUUAGUGCUCAUACAUCUUUACAGUGUUUGUUACGGGCUACAUUUCUACUUUGGCAAUUCUGAUGGUUCAUCAUCUACCAUGUAGCAUCUAAAUAAUUACUGAGUUUUCAUUGCCGGACCCUUAUCUUAUAUAAGAUGAAACAUUUUUCUGCAAUUUGGCAACCUAGACCUCAGCACAUGUGUAAUUCUGAGUCGGAUCAGUUGUUUAGCCCGUAGUGUGAGUCCUGGAGACCUGGCAUGCUGUCUGAGAGAAGUUUUAUGUUUUCUCUAUGUUGGUGUGGGUUGCCUCUAGAAGCUUCAUUAGGCUGAGGUAACCAUACUGAGGUAAAUUAGUUCCUUUUAAUUGCGCCUGGGUGUAAAUGAGGGUUUGCAGGGUGGCCCCAGUAUGACCAUGAUCAGAAGACAGGGUUUAGUGAGAACUUUUCACUUAUUUGUAUUUCAUUGACACAAAAAAAGAAAUGAAUAUAAUUAAUAUACAGCAUUAAUAAGCAAAGCGGUAAGCACAAUUCUUUGUUUAUGGUUGGAAUAUAAAGAUCUAUGUUUGUGGUUGUUCAGAUCGCUUCAGUAAAUUUAAACAGAGCAUUAAUUAUAUGUAUGACAAAGGCAUGGUGUGGCUGCAGGUUUCGGCUGGUCGGAUGUGUUCUGAAAACCAGCAGGAAAAAACAGAUCUGCUGUGUCUGCCUGAGCGCUGGAACAAAGGUAACACCGUCAGCAGUCAAGCAAGCGUCACUGUCUGUCAAAUGUCAUGCAAGAAUGCAUAUACUACUAUGUACACCACCAAACGAACUAUAUAUGUUGCUGUAUGUAUAUUUUUGACCCAGUAUUGACUCACACAAAACUAAAUUCAUGAAAGGCUACGUUUACAUUUUUAAUCCAAAGCGACUAACAGUACUGUGACAGUAUUAUUGUCCAAGCAAUUGAGGGUUA